AACACCAGAACAGUGUCCCAGCGUAGUCUCGCUUUUGGCAGAAAGCUACAACCCCCAUGUAAGAUAUGGAGCGGCAAUGGCGUUGGGAAUAGCGUGUGCGGGUACGGGACUCAAAGAAGCUAUUGCAUUGCUGGAUCCUAUGACCAACGAUCCAGUAAACUUUGUACGUCAGGGAGCCCUGAUAGCUUCCGCAAUGAUUCUCAUCCAGCAAACGGAAGCGACCUGUCCUCGCGUCAAAGAUUUCCGGGCGCUUUACGCCAAAGUCGUCGUCGACAAACACGAAGACGUGAUGGCUAAGUUCGGCGCGAUCUUGGCUCAAGGAAUCAUCGAUGCAGGUGGACGUAAUGUUACCGUGUCAUUGCAGUCACGUACGGGUCACACAAACAUGCUGGCGGUGGUCGGUACGUUGGUAUUCACCCAAUACUGGUACUGGUUCCCAUUGACCCACGCAUUAGCGCUGGCAUUCACACCGACCUGUGUAAUCGGGCUAAAUGCUCAAUUGAAAAUGCCGAAGUUCGAAAUCCGGUCAAACGCGAGACCGAGUGUCUAUGCUUACCCCGCGCCGCUGGAAGAGAAGAAACGCGAAGAGCGCGAGAAAGUUCAAACCGCGGUUUUGAGUAUCGCGGCCCGAGCGAGACGCCGCGAGUCUGAGCGUCGCGCUCGUCACUCCCACGAGAUGAUGGAGGUGGAUCCACCGGUCGUUGAGUCCAAAGAAGCUGACUCGAAAGAUACGCCCUCCACUUCAACAUCUGCGUCUUCCUCGGCUGUCACGCUCAAAGACGAUAAGAAAAAAGAGAAAGAUGAGAAGGAGAAGGACAAGGACAAGAAGGAUGACAAAGAUAAAGACCCCAAGGAUGCUAAAAAAGCUAAGGAUGAUGAGAAAAAAGAACCCGAGCCGAGUUUCGAAAUUCUGCAAAACCCCGCUCGUAUUUUGCGUCAGCAGCUAAAGGUCAUACAGCUGGUUGAGGGUAGCCAGUAUGCUCCUGUUAAAGAUAUUCAAAUUGGCGGUAUUGUUAUGCUCAAACACAUCAAGCCCGAGUCUGAAGAAGAAUUGGUUGAACCUGUCGCUGCAUUUGGACCAAAACCAGACGAGGAAAAGGAAGCUGAUCCACCAGAGCCAUUUGAGUACACCGAAGAC